AUGAACCAUCAAUACCUGUCAUACUGUGGUAUUGUGUAUUGGGAGUACAACUGUACAAUACCACAGUGGGCCUACUGGUCUGAAUGGACAGGUUGUUCUGUUUCUUGUGGAAGAGGACAGCAGACUCGACAAAGGUUGUGUGAUAAUGAAUUUGACACCAAAGAUGGUUAUCGACAAAGAUGUAACCAGCCAGGUUCAGAAUUACACAAUAGUGAGACAAGAGACUGUCCAUUGAAGGGUGAACAUGAUUUCUGUCCCUAUUGUGGUGUUGGUACAACAUAUAAUACCUACUCCACUCUAAGUAGUAGCUAUGGUUCUUACCAAACAGAAACAUUAGCAGGAAAUGCUUAUCUCCUAUUGAGUGACAUUGAUGAGAUAUCAUGCUGUGGGAAGAUCAGUCAGUGGAAAAUAAUGGCCAAGAACACAGGAUGGAUCAAGUUUAUUGUAUGGAGGAAAACUAGACAUCCAGGAGAAAAUCAUCUAUAUGAAGUGGUUGGUUCUGUUAAAGAAUAUGUGCCAGCUGUUGGCUACAGAGCAUUUAACCAACCACUGUCUUCACAGAUAACUAUUAUUCCUGGAGAUUUUAUUGGAGUAUAUGAAUACAGUAAUAACAUCAUUGGUUAUGAUAAUUGUGAUUCUACUUACGACCCGUCAACUGAUGACCAUAUUGACUGGAGAAAGAAUUUAUGUCCUACUGAUACUUACAAAAUGACUACUAGUGAACCAGUGGAUGGAAAUCUUGUAGAGUGGAAUACUACAGAAUUAACACCGAUCAAGGACAAAGUAUAUGCUGUUCGGUUUGUCACAACAACAAACAACAACCCGACCUAUACUAUGCCUAUAUACAGUGUAUCAAUACCAGAUUACACAGCAAUUGAUGAACAUGUUAUUGACCUGUAUUUCACUGAUAAUGAUUAUGCUGACUUCUGGCAAAAUGCUGAAGGCAUGUUUGACAACCAUGAUUACUUCUAUUACGACUCAACUAAAGAGAGUAUACAUGUUAAGACCAAGUUGUUUCAUGAAGUUGGACAAAAAUAUCACUACUACAAAUACACAGUGUGGGCUGCAGAUUCUUGCUAUAACAAAGUCACAGGAACAGUUACCAUAACAACAUAUAACUGGCCUCCAGUAUUUAAUGACUUGCCAGGAGCAGUAAACAUUUCAGAAUUACAAUGGGGAGGAGAGGUAUAUACUUUUAACCUCACUGAUCCAGAUGAGGAUGUUAUUACUUGGGAAAUGACAGUUAGUCCGUCUACCAACUUCUUCUACAUGGAAAAUAUGACUAUAUAUUUGUAUGGCUGGGCUGACCUUGACUUUGAUACUGUAAGCCAGUAUGUGAUCACAAUAACAGCUAAUGAUGGGACAGAACUCACAGUAUCUACACUGAUUGUAGAUCUCAUUGAACACAUUGUUCUCUAUCCAACUUACUAUGAGUAUACAUCUAGAGAAGGCCAGGUAGCCUCUAUAUCUUGUAUGGUUGAACAUGAAGAAUCCUAUACCUACCCAGACUAUAUAGAACCUCUAAAGGUCUACAUCAUCAUUGACAAUGUUACCUACAACUACGAACCUCAUUAUGGCUGCUUACAUAACUUGACCUAUGGGGUAAAAGACAUGUGUGAUAACAAAACUGACUGUUCCUUCAAUGUGACUAAUGCCAAUGUUGCCAGUCAGUGUGGUACUGAAGGAGAAGCAAACUUGUGGAUACGUUACCAUUGUGUUAGAGAUGCAGGUUGGACAACGUGGAACAACUGGCAUGAUUGUACUCGUACUUGUGGUGGAGGUUAUAGGGUUAGACACAGGAACUGUAGCAACCCAACAUGGAAUUAUUUUGGUAGUCCUAAAGAUUGUGAGGACAGUAUACCAGACGAAUGGGAGAGGUGUAACACACAUACCUGUGAAUAUUCUGGUAGAACAUGUAGAAAUGAUUACUUCUCUCCAGAAUGUCAUAUUUAUCACACUAAUGGUUCACUGGAUAUACUUCUAAGUAACUGGACACAUGGAUGUGCAUGGGAUUAUAACACCGAUGAUUAUUGGUUCUAUAAACCAGAAGAUACCUGGCACAAUGGGAUAACUCAUACAGAUUCCUUGUGUCAUAACCAUUAUGAUUGUGAUGUUUUGAUUAACGACAGUUUAACCUGGUGUUAUACAAGUAGAGACUAUGAUGUGGAGUUUACAUACAAAGAAUACUAUCGCUGUGGUUGGGGCUGGGAGGAUGAAGCCUGCUCACGGACUAAAGUCAGUUACUACACCAAUAGAUACAUAUCUUUCUGUGGAACUAUGUACUGGGAAUAUGGAUGUAUAAUCCCGCAAUGGUCACAAUGGUCCCACUGGUCUGAUUGUUCUAUCACAUGUGACAGAGGAUAUCAAACAAGGACUCGGUAUUGUGAGUCUGAUACAGAAUCUAAUACUGUAGACGGAUAUAACAACACAUGUGGACAGAAGAGUGAUGAACCUCAUACACUGGAGACAAGAGACUGUCUUCUUAAAGGAAACCAUAGAUACUGUACUUAUUGUGAGGCCAGGAAUUUUAGUUAUGUAGACCUCGGAAAUUUAACAUUAGGACCAGUCAAUGACACUGAAGAAGAAAAUGCCUAUAUAAUGGAGAGUGAAGUUGAUAUUGUACGAUGUUGUGGACUAAUAGCAUCAUGGACGUUUUACCCAGUGAAUGUUGGAACUCUUAAAUUUAUUGUGUGGAGAUCGAUUGGUGUUCCUGGUUACAGAGAAGUUGUGGGAACCAAUUCUGUUAAUAUCUCAGAUACUGACCUCAACAAGAUGAACACCUUCAUUCCACCAGAUGAGCAAAGAAUCACAAUAGUCGCCAGAGAUUUUAUUGGAUGGUUUGAUGGUGGAGCUCAGAUUUUAUCUUAUGAUUGGUGCAAUGCUUCAUACAAUGCUUCUUAUCCUGAACACAGAGAUCUCAGAGAAAACCUGUGUCCUACAGAUACUUAUAAAAUUGUUACAGAGGAUCCCCAAGAUGGUGAUGUGGUCAACUGGAAUGGGACCAAAGAGAUUUUGUAUGAACAAGUGUUUGCUAUUCAGUAUACCACUGUUGAAAAUACACUACCCUACUUUAAUUUGUCACGUUAUGAAAAGACAAUACCAGACCAUUCACCAAUAGAUUUCAGUCUGAUAGAUUUUUUCUUCAAUGACACAGAUUAUGCUGAUUGGUUUGUUGAUUACCAACCAGAAUAUGAUAAUGAUCAGUACUUCUACUUUGAUACUUGGUCUAAAUCUGUUCAUGUGAAAGAUGAUCUGCUGCAUAUAGUUGGAGAAAGAAACCAGUAUCACUUGUAUGUUAUGUGGGCUGAGGAUUCCUGUUACAACAGAGUUACUGGAACUGUUACCAUAACAACAUUUAAUGGGCCGCCUACCUUCCCAGAUUUCAACAAGAAGAUUUACAUUGAAGAAACAGCUACUGGAGCUUUAUAUACCUUCACUGUUGAUGAUCCAUCUAAAGGGCCAGACCCAAUCACAUGUAACAUGACAAAAACAAAUCCAGAAACAGAAGAUGUCUUUUUUCUAGAAGACCAGACAAUUCAUCUGAGUAGCUCUGCAACCUUGAACGCAGAUACCUUCCCUGAAUAUGAGAUUUACAUAUCCUGUUUUGAUGGUACAGAUACUACCUUGGGUUUCCUGAGAGUAGAGAUUUCUAAAGAUAGUACAGACAAUGAAUUGCCAGAGGAAUGGGUUGAAAUAGAAUCCUAUGUGUUAGGGAGUGUAACCAUUGCAUCUGUCACAAUUUCAUCAUUUACGAUAUUCAACAUUGUAAUGAAUGGAAUGCCUGCCUUCUAUUGAAGACAGUUAUUCAGCGUGUGUACUUCAACUUCAACUUUAUUUGAUCACUCAGAUACAAUACAUACUGAAAGGACACUAGGAGAACUGUUAUUGUGGAAAACAAAUUAAUGUCUGAUGUAUGAAGUUAUAAUGAUAACCGUUUAUAACCCACUUGUGGUUGGACAUAACAUUACAGGGAGAUAAAUCUGUAAAAUCUGCUUAAAGUUUUAAUCAUUUUGUAUUGUUAAGGAAAUUUGUCCUGUAGAAUAACAUUAAAUAGGCUACUAAACUCUAAGGAAGAUAUUCCACCAUGUGUCCCCUUCUAAUCUUUUAUGGAACAUACAUGGUCUCCACUCAGACGCUUUUAACCAAUCAUAUUUCUAGGAAUUUAUAGGAUGGGUGUGAUUAUACAAUGCCAUUUUCAUGGUAUGCAAAUAAUAAUGUAUUCAAAAACAUCAAAGAGUACUGAAUUUAAUUGAAAUAAG